AUGGCGAGCCUCGCCGCGCUCGCCCUCAGCCUGCUCCUGCGGCUGCAGCUGCCGCCGCUGCCCGGCGCCCGGGCGCAGAGCGCCGCAGGUGGCUGUUCCUUUGAUGACCACUACAGCAACUGUGGUUACAGCGUGGCCCUGGGGACCAAUGGGUUUACCUGGGAGCAGAUUAACACGUGGGAGAAACCAAUGUUGGACCCAGCGGUGCCUACAGGAUCCUUCAUGAUGGUGAACAGCUCUGGGAGGGCCUCUGGCCAGAAGGCGCACCUUCUCCUGCCGACCCUGAAGGAGAAUGACACCCACUGCAUCGAUUUCCAUUACUACUUCUCCAGCCGCGACAGGUCCAGCCCAGGGGCCUUGAAUGUCUAUGUGAAGGUGAACGGUGGGCCCCAGGGGAACCCUGUCUGGAACGUGUCUGGGGUCGUCACUGAGGGCUGGGUGAAGGCAGAGCUUGCCAUCAGCACCUUCUGGCCACAUUUCUACCAGGUGAUAUUUGAAUCCGUCUCUCUGAAGGGUCAUCCUGGCUACAUCGCUGUGGACGAGGUCCGGGUCCUUGCCCAUCCAUGCAGAAAAGCACCUCAUUUUCUGCGGCUCCAAAAUGUCGAGGUGAACGUGGGGCAGAAUGCCACCUUUCAGUGCAUUGCUGGUGGAAAGUGGUCUCAGCAUGACAAACUUUGGCUCCAGCAAUGGAAUGGCAGGGACACGGCCCUCAUGGUCACCCGCGUGGUCAACCACAGGCGCUUCUCGGCGACAGUCAGUGUGGCGGACACUACCCAGCGGAGUGUGAGCAAGUACCGCUGUGUGAUCCGCUCUGACGGUGGCUCUGGUGUGUCCAACUACGCUGAGCUGAUUGUGAAAGAGCCUCCCACGCCCAUCGCCCCCCCAGAGCUGCUGGCCGUGGGGGCCACAUACCUGUGGAUCAAGCCGAAUGCCAACUCCAUCAUUGGAGACGGCCCCAUCAUCCUGAAGGAAGUGGAGUAUCGCACCACCACCGGCACCUGGGCAGAGACCCACAGCGUCGACUCUCCCACCUAUAAGCUGUGGCACCUGGACCCCGACGUGGAGUAUGAGAUCCGGGUGCUGCUCACGCGGCCAGGGGAAGGGGGCACGGGGCCGCCGGGGCCUCCCCUCACCACCAGAACCAAGUGUGCAGACCCGGUGCACGGCCCGCAGAACGUGGAGAUCGUGGACAUCCGAGCCCGGCAGCUGACGCUGCAGUGGGAGCCCUUCGGCUACGCGGUGACCCGCUGCCACAGCUACAACCUCACGGUGCAGUACCAGUACGUGUUCAACCAGCAGCAGUACGAGGCCGAGGAGCUCAUUCAGACCUCCUCCCACUACACCCUGCGGGGCCUGCGCCCCUUCAUGACCAUCCGGCUGCGGCUGCUGCUGUCCAACCCCGAGGGCCGGAUGGAGAGCGAGCAGCUGGUGGUGCAGACGGAGGAGGAUGUUCCAGGAGCUGUUCCUCUAGAGUCCAUCCAAGGGGGUCCCUUUGAGGAGAAGAUCUACAUCCAGUGGAAACCUCCCAAUGAGACCAACGGGGUCAUCACGCUCUACGAGAUCAACUACAAGGCCGUGGGUUCAUUGGACCCGAGUGCCGACCUCUCCAGCCAGAGGGGCAAAGUGUUCAAGCUUCGGAAUGAAACCCACCACCUCUUUGUGGGUCUGUACCCCGGGACCACCUACUCCUUCACCAUCAAGGCCAGCACAGCAAAGGGCUUUGGGCCCCCUGUUACCACCAGGAUCGCCACCAAAAUUUCAGCUCCAUCGAUGCCUGAAUACGACACAGACACCCCACUGAAUGAAACAGACACGACCAUCACAGUGAUGCUGAAGCCCGCUCAGUCUCGGGGAGCCCCUGUCAGUGUUUAUCAGCUGGUUGUCAAGGAGGAGCGACUUCAGAAGUCACGGAGGGCAGCUGACAUCAUUGAGUGCUUUUCGGUGCCGGUGAGCUAUAGGAAUGCCUCCAGCCUCGAUUCUCUACACUACUUUGCUGCUGAAUUGAAGCCUGCCAACCUGCCUGUCACCCAGCCAUUUACAGUGGGUGACAACAAGACAUACAAUGGCUACUGGAACCCACCUCUUUCCCCUCUGAAAAGCUACAGCAUCUACUUCCAGGCACUCAGCAAAGCAAAUGGAGAGACCAAAAUCAACUGUGUUCGUCUGGCUACGAAAGCACCAAUGGGCAGCGCCCAGGUGACCCCGGGGACUCCACUCUGCCUCCUCACCACAGGUGCCUCCACUCAGAACUCCAGCACCGUGGAGCCGGAGAAGCAGGUGGACAGCACGGUGAAGAUGGCCGGCGUGGUCGCUGGCCUGCUCAUGUUCAUCAUCAUUCUGCUGGGUGUGAUGCUUACCAUCAAAAGGAGAAGAAAUGCUUAUUCCUACUCCUAUUACUUGAAGCUGGCCAAGAAGCAGAAGGAAACACAGAGUGGAGCGCAGAGGGAGAUGGGGCCCGUGGCCUCGGCCGACAAACCCACCACCAAGCUCAGCACCAGCCGCAACGACGCCGGCUUCUCCUCUAGCUCACAGGACGUUAAUGGAUUCACAGAUGGCAGCCGUGGGGAGCUGUCCCAGCCCACCCUCACGAUCCAGACUCACCCCUACCGGGCCUGCGACCCCGUGGAGAUGAGCUAUCCCCGGGACCAGUUCCAGCCCGCCAUCCGGGUGGCUGACCUGCUGCAGCACAUCACUCAGAUGAAGAGAGGCCAGGGCUACGGGUUCAAGGAGGAAUAUGAGGCCUUACCGGAGGGGCAGACAGCCUCGUGGGACACAGCCAAAGAGGAUGAAAACCGCAACAAGAAUCGAUACGGCAACAUCAUAUCCUAUGACCAUUCUCGAGUGAGGCUGCUGGUGCUGGAUGGAGACCCACACUCCGACUACAUCAACGCCAACUACAUUGAUGGGUACCAUAGACCUCGACACUACAUUGCUACUCAAGGUCCCAUGCAGGAGACCGUAAAGGACUUCUGGAGAAUGAUCUGGCAGGAGAACUCGGCCAGCAUCGUCAUGGUCACAAACCUUGUGGAAGUGGGCAGGGUGAAGUGUGUGCGAUACUGGCCGGAUGACAUGGAGGUCUAUGGAGACAUCAAAGUCACCCUGAUCGAAACAGAGCCCCUGGCAGAGUAUAUCAUCCGCACCUUCACGGUCCAGAAGAAAGGCUACCAUGAGAUCCGGGAGCUCCGCCUCUUCCACUUCACCAGCUGGCCCGACCACGGCGUCCCCUGCUAUGCCACCGGCCUCCUCGGCUUUGUCCGCCAGGUCAAGUUCCUCAAUCCGCCAGAAGCUGGGCCCAUAGUGGUCCACUGCAGUGCUGGUGCCGGGAGGACUGGCUGCUUCAUCGCCAUCGACACCAUGCUUGACAUGGCCGAGAACGAAGGGGUGGUGGACAUCUUCAACUGCGUGCGUGAGCUCCGGGCCCAGAGGGUCAACCUGGUACAGACGGAGGAGCAGUAUGUGUUUGUGCACGACGCCAUCCUGGAAGCGUGUCUCUGCGGCAACACGGCCAUCCCGGUAUGCGAGUUCCGCUCUCUCUACUACAAUAUCAGCAGGCUGGACCCCCAGACCAACUCCAGCCAAAUCAAAGACGAAUUUCAGACCCUCAACAUCGUGACUCCUCGUGUCCGGCCCGAGGACUGCAGCAUCGGUCUCCUGCCCCGGAACCAUGAUAAGAAUCGGAGCAUGGAUGUCCUGCCUCUGGACCGCUGCCUGCCCUUCCUCAUCUCGGUGGAUGGAGAAUCCAGCAACUACAUCAAUGCGGCACUGAUGGAUAGCCACAAGCAGCCUGCCGCUUUCGUGGUCACACAACACCCUCUACCCAACACCGUGGCGGACUUCUGGAGGCUGGUGUUCGAUUAUAACUGCUCCUCUGUGGUGAUGCUGAACGAGCUGGACACUGCCCAGCUCUGUAUGCAGUACUGGCCUGAGAAGACCUCGGGGUGCUACGGGCCCAUCCAGGUGGAAUUCGUCUCCGCAGACAUCGAUGAGGACAUCAUCCACAGAAUAUUCCGCAUCUGUAACAUGGCUCGGCCACAGGACGGGUAUCGUAUAGUCCAGCAUCUCCAGUACAUUGGCUGGCCUGCCUACCGGGACACGCCCCCCUCCAAGCGCUCUCUGCUCAAAGUGGUCCGACGGCUGGAGAAGUGGCAGGAGCAGUACGAUGGGAGGGAGGGACGCACUGUGGUCCACUGCCUAAAUGGGGGAGGCCGCAGCGGAACCUUCUGUGCCGUCUGCAGCGUGUGUGAGAUGAUCCAGCAGCAAAACAUCAUCGAUGUGUUCCACAUCGUGAAAACAUUACGUAACAACAAGUCCAACAUGGUGGAGACCCUGGAACAGUAUAAGUUUGUAUACGAGGUGGCACUGGAGUAUUUAAGCUCCUUUUAGCCCAGCAGCAUGGAGAACCUGCCAGAGUCCAGAGGCUGCAGCCAGGCCCCCU